AUGAUGGCUGCGUCACCGCUUGCGUCUGUGGGGGCGGCGGAGCUCGCCGUGGUGGAGGCGGCGUGCGGCUCGACUAUUCCAGCGGACAGCCAGUGGGUGGUUGGCCCGCUGUGGUCCUUCCGGCCGCUUGCGUGGGGCCCACUCGCGCGUCUUGCGGAUCCUAAGCUGCGCUUUGGACGCGUCUCUGUGAGUAGAGAAGUAGAGGACAUUGUGCGUUCCGAGGCGGGGGUGAACCCAAGCGGCGUGGUGCUGUUUGAGUUGAACCCGCUUUUUCACGCCGUGAAUGAAUGCCUGUUCUACUGGAACCCGCUGAAGGCGGCAAUGGACGGCACCGUGGCGACUGCGGCGCGUGUGAUCGCCCUUGCCGUCACCAGCCUUAACGCGUCGUGCCCGACGCCGUCGCAGGUAGAGCUCACGCUUCAGUACAAUGAGAAGGUGAUUCAUUUUCUUCCGGUGGGCGUCGGGCAAUCCACGACGUACUCCCUCAGUUUCUCAACGAGGGAUUUGCGUUGGCCGGCCUUCUUUAAGGCUCCACCCAGCUGCGUGGUUUACCUGCUUUUACUCACGAAUCGCCAAGGAUCUAUUCAUAGAUGGUACGCAUGGAUUCCGGCAACGGUUUUUACAGGAGCGGCACUGUUGUUGGUCACCACGGUGGUCCUAUUUCGGUAUGAGCUGCCACCAGGAACAACCGCCAUGCUGUUAACACUCUUCUUUGUGGGUUAUCUCGGGAGUUGCAUUGGCCUUGUGAUGGAGGCACUUUCUUGGCAAAGCGCCCUUGGCCGCAUGUUCCCUUUUCCUGACGCAGUUACCCUAUACUGUUGUCUCCCGUUUUUCUACCUGCUGGCGCUCCUGCUGGUGCUGCUGCGUCAUCGUCAUUGUGAAGUUUUGUUUCACGCCAUGUUGCGCCUUGCGGUCUACGGCUUAAACUUUGCCCUCUGCUGCGGGUAUUGGGUGGCUGGGGAUGUCUUGCUUGGCUCCUUGACGUUGGUACAGUUUCUCAUGUCAAAUCUCUUCUUGUCGGCCGCCUACUCCUAUUUUGCAGUCAUUCUUGGGCGCUCGCAGCUUCGGGCCGAGCCGAUUUCCAGUGCGUUGUGGUUUUUGUGGUUUGCCCCGCUCACUCCUUUCGCUCCAUGUCUCUUGGUGUACUAUGAUCUGUACAUGAUGCAGACGGGCAGCCAGCCACCCGGCACCUUGAACUCGAUGCUACAGAAGGCGGUUGUGAUGUACGACACACUGACGUCCUUCCCGCUACUUUUUCUACAAAAUGCAUGGGGGAUUGCCCUGCUUGCCACAGCUACGUCCUACCACAUGCCUUUCCUUGUUAUUCUAUUUGCGGCCCUCCUGCUCUUCGCUCUGCACUUCAUUUUGUCGGUCAGGGAGUACGCCAAACUCCGCAGUCGCUGGGUACGCCAGGGCGACCUCACGGAGGGGAGAGGCUGCUUUGGCUUUUUCUGCGACUGGUUCAAGCUGUGGGCCGCACUUGAACGCUGCGUCCGCGAUGUGCGCCGUCAGCGGCCAGCGGAGCUGGAAACCCGACGGGAAUGCCGCUCGAUGGCGGCGAUGGGUGGGGAGAGACCAGCGGGGGCGCCACCCGAGGCGCCCGCGUGGCAGGCCCACAGGCCGAACGAGGAGGAGUUGUCGUAUUUGCCUUCAUCAACCGACUUGGAGAACGAGGGGGAGCAGCGGAAGGAAGACUACUGGCCAGCAAGCGUCAGCAGGUAG